AUGUUACCUCCGCCCACGUUCAGCUUCCGCACCUCAAACAUGAUCAACGAACCUGAGUAUUCCGGAGGGGCAACUGAUUUCAGGGAGGAAUCUCAGUAUUCCGGAGGCGCCACCGAUUUCAUGUCUGCUGUACAUCCAGGCCAAGAGCAGUAUCUAGACCUCAACUACUCAAACAAACAUCCAUGCCAAGAGCAGUAUCUAGACCCCAACUACUCAAGCGAAUACUAUCUUGACCCUAAUAUCAACCAAAGCUACUCACACUCAACCUACUCGCACCAAAACUCUACUGCUACCAACCAACCGUUCGGCAUGUUGUCUGUACACUUCCAUCCCAAUCACUCGACCCAACAUCAAUUGCAGAAUCAUACUGAAGGUUGGACCAGCAACUCACCUCAUGUCAACCAAACUGCAAUGUCUACCAAUUCUGGGGCGCUACAAUCGAUUCCUAUCCCUCAUCAGACUACUCAUCCGGGACAGCCAUUGACCGGUGGACCGGCUUUUGGAACUCAAGGACCAGGUCCAUUACCGAUUCACCCUUCAGGCCAUGGUCCCGGGCUGCAGGCCAGUGUCCGCGGAUGCCUUCCUUCAAAUGGUGCACGCGCACCUCGCAAGCGUGGCUCCACGAAGCGACAGGCCUCAAAUCCUCGUCCAUCUAAUGCUCCUCCUCGGCUCCUGCUCCACUUCAAGAGAUUCCAACUCCUCCUCCUCCAAAGAAAUAGCCUCGAAACCCUCAUUCAUCAACCGCUGGCCAACCGGCUACUCCGUUACAUACGAGCACUUCGAAUGACCAACCUUCCACUUCCCAUGGGGCCCAGCAGACCACAAUCACAUCUGCUGUACCGCAAGGGACGACUGGAGUUCACUCUGGUGGGGGAGAAGACGUUGGAUCAGCUGCAAAAGAAAGUUGCCCACCACAGGGUUGGGCAUUAUAAACGUCUGGCGGCCGAAGAUUGUGUUGCCCUUGGUGCAGCUUACUCCCGAUACCAACAAGAAGUGCACUUGAUUGCGGCCGAAAGACUCCUCAAACCCAGACCCGUCUUGAACCACGUGGGCAGCCUGAGCCGAUUCCGAGGCCCGAACAUGUACAUCAACUUUUGCAAAUAUGACAUCGAGGCGCGUAAAGUCUACUAUGACAAAAGUCGAUCGAUGCGUGAACGAAAGCGUGAAUGUGGCCGCCUUUGGAGAGCUCUUGACCAACAAACCAAGUUAAAGUACAAAGACAUCAAAUUCCUCAAGACAUUGCCAAAUCCGUUUGGACGUGGUGAAUGCCCUGGACCCGAUGGUGGGACUUCUGAAGCAUCCCAAGCAAAAAACAAGAAAAGUCGCUUCUAUCGGAGUGCCGAAACCGAACUUUGGAGCAGAAAGGUGAUGCUUGAUUUAAAAAAUCUUGGUGCCGCGCACGACAUUGAAGGGUUCGUCAUGUUGUAUAAGGGGAAUUCAAACGAAGUUGUUAGUGGCGGUAGCUUUAUGGGAGAGCAGUUUGUGGAUAUGUUUGCAAAGGAUAAGAAGUUGGACAUCAGUUCCAACUUUCUAUCCUUUGCAAGCAGUCAAGAGGUGAUCAGGAAAGCAACUGGUCAAGUUGCUAAAGUGGUCCGACCUAGGAAACGAGCCCAAAAGCUUGGUUCAAAGGAAACCGCUUGGAAUCUUGGAGGAAGAGAAAAGAAUCGAGAUGCCGCCCGAGAAAAAUUGAAUGAAGCAAUCAGCAAAGCGACACACAUCAGGAGGAAGUGGCCCGGAAAAACAACCGAGAAAUCUCUGAAGAAGCUCGGUCCCGGUGCCAUGGGUGACGAGCAAUUGCAAAAGGUCUUGAGGGCCUUUGCCGAAGAUUUGGUCGUUCUCACGGGGCCACCAGCACCUGAGGUUCCCGAGACGUUGGGUGCUGAUCCCGAAGAGACCUCGGACAAGGAGUUGGAACCUUCAAACUCAAACAAAGGUGAAUGUGUGAUUGCGAAGGCUCCCAAAAAGAAGAUCACAACCGAUCACCGCCGUCUCAAGAGCAAUACUGCCGGAGCCAGCGCUAAGGCCGCUCGGACCACAAGCAAGAAUGCUGAUGAGGAUCAAGAUGCCAAUUUCAACGACAGCGAUGACAAUGAUGAAGAUGAUGACAAUGAAGAUAUUGAUGAUGAAGAUGAAUAUGAAGAAGGGGAUGUCGAUGAUGAGGUUGAUGACUGA